UAAUCUAGCUUUCAAAUAAAGAACUCACGAUUUCCAGUAGGCCACGCUGUAACAUUAGCAAAAUGGAAUAAAAUAUUUUGUUCUCGAAACAAUUUUGAAUAAAAUAUAGCGAAAAUGCUGAGGAGUAUUAGCGAGCCCUCUUUGGGAACUGUUGGGACGGAGACCUUGGCAACAACUGCAACCAGUCAUGCAGGAAGCCGCCAUUACCUGCCCAAGUUAAAACAAGAUCAAUUACGAGGUAGAUUUCUGUGGGAAGGACGCAUCGGAAGAAUUACAAGGAUUGUGUUAUUGACGCCUUGGAAUGUGUGGUUUCAGAUCGCAGUUCUCCUGGCAGUCAUCACCACGUUCGUGAUCCACUUGCUCCUAGCAUACUUCUUCGAUAACAACACGUGGUCUAACUUCACCACGAUCAUUAUCUUGGGAGAGCUGAUAUUCUUCGCCGAUGUUUUCGUUCAUUUGAUCCAUAUGUUUUGGCCUUUAGUCCGUCUCUAUAUGAGAGUACAUCGGCGGAGUUUAUUGUUACUUUUUUAUGACGUCGUUUCCUUGACACCUUUGGCUAUUAUAUUUACAUACAAAGAAAAUCAAUGUGAAUGGUUGAUGUUAGGAAGAUGGCUAGCCAUUGGACGCAUUUACAGGUUCUUUACUUUGGAGAUAUUAAGGAACAUGUAA